CUGAUCUACAUUCACUUGGAGGCAAAUAUUCAGAAAAAACAUGCUCUACCAGCCGCAAGUUUGCAUCAAAAGAGCAGCAGGUUGCCGACCGCAGAUCUAGGUUAUGAUGUGUCAAAUGAAAUAUGAUAUUUUGACAAUUAUUUUUUGUGAUGUAUCUGUCAAAAAUUUAGAUUAAAUGGAAAUAUAUGGAUGAAUCAAAAAAAGAUAUAAAAGAUAUAAUUAGUACGUUAACGCAUCCAGUGAGUAUAACGGAUGGAAAUCGCAAAAUGAGUAUGACUAGUAAUAAAAAGGAAUCUAAAAAUGAAAAAAAAUCAACUUUUUUUACAAUAUUUAAUCGUUCAGAUAAAAAUGAUAUGUUAUAUAAAAAUUUUAAGCUGGAAGAAAUUAGAGAUUCAAGCACACAAACAAGUAAAACGAUAAUUGAAUUGGCACGAUUUGAAACGAAGAAUAUAUCUCCAGAUAGUUUAUCGAGUCAAACUUAUCAAGAUGAUGAUGAUGACGAUGAUAAUGAUUUAGAUGAUGAAACAUACGAAACUGAAUACACAAACGAUGAAUUUAAAAAAUUUAAUGCAAUCAAUUAUCGAGUCGAACCGUUAGAAUUAAACUUAACAGAAACAGAAACGAGUAAAAACCCAUCUUUAAUAGAAACUUUUUUAAGAAAACCCAAAAACAAUUCGAAAUAUACACCAAAACAAUUUAUAAAAAGCCAUUCAUUCGUUGAAAAUUCAAAAUUUAUGAUUAAAAAUAGUGAACGAUCAACAACUAUUAACAGUGAUGGAGAUAAAAGUUUCAUGAUGCCAACAUUAUCGAGUCAAAAUAAAAAUUUAUUACCGGAAGUGAAAAAAACAAGUAAUUUAUUAUCACCGAUACGCAGAGGACGUUCAAGUAGUCCCAUAAAACCGAAAGGAAAAAUUAAAAUACCCUACAUCGAUCAAAGCGAAUCAGAUAUUUCUUGUAGAAACGAACGAAAUAAUUUAAAUGCAAGAGUACCUUUAAUUAAGCGACAAAAUAAUAACAAAACAAUAGAUACCCCAAAUCCACCAAAAACGUUUAGUAAGGAUAUGUUAAGGAUUGAUGAAAUGAGUUUAAUUUUAGUCCCGACUGAAAAUAAUUCAAUGAUUUGUUUUGAUGAUACAAAUACAUCAUUCGAAACAACCAUAAACACGUCAAUUACAAAGUUACAAGACACCGAAUGGAACAUCGCUCUUAGAGGUCUCGCUGAAAUAACGGAAUUAUGUAAAGCGACUGAUUCAUCGACAAUGAUGCAAUAUAUGACUUCAAUAAAUCAAAGAUUAUUACAAUUAUUGAAGAAUCCGCGCUCGCAUGUUUGUAGAACGGCUUGUCAAGCUGCUGGACAUUUAUUUGAAUCGAUGAAAGAUACUCGUGGUCCUGAAUUUAAUGAUAUUGUUGAUUUGUUAUUAUCAAAAACUGCUGAUGCUAAUAAAUUUAUAAGGAAAGAUGCGAACUUGGCAUUGGAUUGUAUGGUAACUCAUAUUUCAACGUGUCAAGCAAUUAAAGCUUUAUUAUUAAAAGGCCCCACUCAUAAAAAUAAUUUGGUUCGUUCUGCUACCGUUAGAUUAUUAAUUUGUGCGAUUGUUAUCGCUGGUCCCGGUGUUAUUUUAAAUCCGAGUGGUAAUGAAGCGACUAGAAAAAGGAUAUUUUCUAAUCUAGUUAAGUUUUUAGAAGAUAAAAAUCCAGAUACAAGAAAAUACGGGGAGAGAUUAUAUAAAGUGUUGAGUAAGGAAAAAUAUUUUGAUAUGUAUUUGAAAAAAUACAUAGAACGUGAUGAUUUAUCGAAAAUGAAAAAAAUCUUAAAAGCUAUAUCUAAAAGUCACUAAAUUAACUAGGAUUAUUUAUACAAGAAUUAUAUUAUUUAUGUGUUUAUUUUAGUAAUAAAUUUAAUAAUAAAUUA